UCUCUCUGCUGUGCGAUUGUUUAAAACUCGACAGUCGAUUCCAGAACGUCGAACGUAUCGACAAGUGCUUUUAUUUGUAAACAAAGUCUCGUGCAAGAUGGGCAAGACAUCGAAAGACAAACGAGAUAUCUAUUAUCGACGUGCCAAAGAAGAGGGCUGGAGAGCGAGAAGUGCCUUCAAACUAUUACAAAUUGACCAGGAAUUCAGUAUUUUCAAUGGUGUUACCAAGGCUGUGGACUUGUGCGCCGCCCCUGGGAGCUGGAGCCAAGUCUUGUCUAGGAGGCUAAAUGAAAAUUAUGAAAAUUUGAAACAGAAAUCAGAGAAAGCCCCUAAAAUUAUAGCUGUCGAUCUUCAAGCGAUGGCACCCAUAGAAGGAGUUGUUCAGAUACAAGGCGACAUAACUAAUAUUAAGACUGCGGAACAAAUAAUAGCUCAUUUUGGAAAUGAACAUGCUGAUCUGGUGGUGUGCGAUGGGGCUCCUGAUGUGACUGGUCUACAUGACAUGGAUAUAUUUAUUCAAUCUCAGUUAUUACUAGCAGCUUUAAAAAUAACAACUCAAAUAUUGAAGCCAAAAGGCACAUUUAUAGCUAAGAUAUUCAGAGCCAAAGAUGCAUCGCUUCUGUAUUCCCAAUUAAAAAUCUUCUUUGGUUCAGUAAGUUGUGCUAAGCCUCGCAGCUCACGUAACUCGAGUUUUGAAGCUUUUGUGGUAUGCAAAGAUUUUCAAAUGCCUGAAGGAUUUAAUCCUGCCACUUUGGAUCUGUCUACUGAUAUCAACAAACUAGUUGGGAUUGAUAGAUACAUCGCUCCAUUUGUUAUUUGUGGAGAUCUUACUCAACCAGACUCGGAUACAACUUAUCCUCUAGAUUUCGAAGGUAAAGAGUUCAGAUACUGUCAGCCAACUCAGAGUCCUAUAAAUCCACCUUAUCAGGAAGCUAUGCACAUGAUGAGCCAGGUAAACAUUGGCAAAUUUCCAGAGAGUACGAGCGUUACUUUGACAGGCAAAAACAUGUCUCUCGCGGAAUUCAAAGCUACCAAAGCAAAAAAACAAGAUUCAAACGAUUCGCAAAAAUAAAUGUAAAUAUAGAGAUAGACUCUUGAUUGUUGUAAAUUUUUUUUUUGAAAAAUUAUUGUUCAUUAAUUGUGAUAUUUUGUAAUUAUUGUCUAGCAAAGUUUUGAUAGUGCCAAAGGUUAACGAUCGAAAUGAAUCUGCACUUACUGUAAUAAUAUAUUUAAGUAAUAAUACUUUGAGAGACAAU